GAACAAGGUAUAAAUACAAUAAAACUAUUGGAAAACAUCAGUGAAAAUUUAAAACUCUAUAAUAACAGAGAAACGGAUAUUUUAUUUUAAACCUUGAAAAGCUUAUACAAAUUAUGACUAAGCAUUCGGAGAAGAAAAGAAGCAUGAUUCAAAACGAAAAUUUUGACAUAAAUGUUGGAGAAUACAUAAAGCCUAAAUUUACAUUGUAUCCGGAACUUUUAAUCCCAGAUGGAAUUGAGUCUCGCUCGGAGCCGAGUUCUAGAACAUGUUCCUUUAAAGACAGGACGAGACAUAAAAAUUUAAUAGAAACGGAGGAUUUGAGACGGAGAAACAGUUUACCAAUUUCAACAGAAAAUUUACUUUCAGUAUCAUAUAAUGACUUAAGAGAUGCCUACAAACGGCCGAUCAAACGAGUACGGUCAUUCAAAAUGACAUCUAAAGGACAUACAAAUGGACAUGAACAGAAUAAAAACUCUAGAAGAGCAUCUGUAAAUCCUUCUUUUGUAGAAAAAGACUUAAAACGACAAAGAUUUCCUAGUGACAAUUCAGACGAUAGUGCAAUCACGUGUAGUUGUUCGUCUUCAUGUUCCAGUGGAUAUUACAGAGUUCUAAUAAUAGGAGCUAAUGGUGUUGGGAAAACAACACUAGCUAAACGAUUCAUGACUUCUGAAUACAUGUCAUCAUUUGAAAUUGGAAAUGAUGACGACGAUGAUAAAAUGUUAUCAGUAUUGGUAGAUGAUGAAGAAUCAACCAUGGAAUUCAUUGACCACUCAGACCACGAGGAAGACCUUGACAGAUUUCCUGUAGAUGCCUAUAUAGUAGCCUUCUCCGUCCACGACAGUGAUUCCUUUGCAGUCGCCAAACAGUACUUACAAAACAUACGAUAUGAACUGUUCAGUGACAGACCUAUCAUACUAGUGGCCAAUAAAGUAGAUCUGGUACGAAAACGACAAAUAUCAACUGAUGAAGCCAGACAAAUAGCCAAAGACUACGACUGCAAAUAUAUAGAAACGUCAGCAGCUCUUAAUCAUAAAGUCGAUGAACUGUUAGUGGGAUUAUUGAAACAAAUAAAGCUCAAACUUAACCCAGAGGCAAUAGAAAAGGCUACUGCUAAUAUGAUUGCUCAAGAUCAAUUGGAAAAACCUUCUUCGGGAAAAGGACCGAAAAAGUUAUUAAAUAAAUUGUUUAGGAAAGGCUCAAAGACGAGAUCAACGUGUGACAAUUUGUUUGAGCUGUGAUGAAACAAAUAGACAUGAUAAACAUUAACUGAUAAUGUUCUUAACACAUCAGACAAUCAAAGCAGUGAAUCAAAAACAUAGCGUAUUUGGCUAUUGAACUGUAUUAACCGAACUACUACAGACAUACAGAAACAAAGAGCCAGACGCAUGAUAUCUAACAAUAACAAUAUAAACUGCUACAAAACAAUUGAAAUGAGCAUUUAAAGAAGAACACAAAAUAACAAAACCAAUCACGAUACAUUAGUGUACGUAUCCAUUCAAUUUGUUUUAGUAGGGUAAAAACUAGAUCUCGUGCUGAGGACCUUGUACCAGCUGAUACACUGUUGCCGUUGUCUUAAAAUUAUGUUUAAAAUAAUCAAAUACCUGAAAUAUUUGUUAAAAAAAUGCAAGAAUGACGCAAGUCAAGAAAUUGUUAAUUCUUUAACAAUCAAAGUAAUAGUUUAUAAUAAGUCGUUUUUUGUUAUUUGCUGCAACAUAAAGUGCCAAAGUAUGCAUUCCACAAGUAAUAUUGCCAAUAUUGCAAUCUAUAAAAAUGAAGUGCCUAAAAGUUUUUGCAAUAUUUUAUUACAUUUCUUUAGUGUCAUGCAACUCAAUGAUUAAUAUUUACUUUUCUGUUACAAAAAUAAUCAAAGAGAAAUAGGUUUAAAUACAUAUAAUCAUGAGUUUAAAAUAUUAAUUUGCUUGCGCAAGACUCUUGCUGCAAUAAACAAAAAUCUAUUAUUUCAAGGAUGCAUUUAGUGAUUUGAUAAUCAAAAUAAGAUUUUUUUUUUUGUUAAAGUAUAAUUAAAUCAUGGAAGAGUUUAACUAAUGAAUUCAAUUUUUUUGAGAGGGAAUAGCCAAAGGAAAGCCAUGAAAUGGGUAAAUGGAGGGUCAAACGAAAGUUAUCUUGCUCAAACAAUUUGUUCAAAUACUUGUAGCACACUAAGAGACUCUUAUUCGAAGUGCAUAGAGUUAUAACAUUGAUAUUGUCACUUAGUAAAAUCAUGAGCAAUAAUGUGUUGUAUUUUGUGCGCAAUUUUAUAAAAAUAUAUAGUAAGUGAAUUUUAUUUUCUUGUUAUUUGGAUGUUGAUAUAUAAUUCCAUAUUAGAUGAAGAGUUCAUAAAUAUUGAUUGCUUGACUUUCAUCACAGUUGGCAUACAUUGAAUGAUGGUUGUUUAUUUGUUGAAUAUAAUGUGAUACCAUUCCGUUGAAGAUAUAAUGACUUUUGUAUAUGUUUUGUAUAUAAAUAAAUGUAUAUAUAUAUUUGCAUUGUUGAACAACUUUUGUAGAAAAGUAAAUAAAUAUAA